GUGUGGGCUCUUUUUCGGGGCCUCCCCAUUUCUGAAGAUCCUUGGUGGCUAUGUCCGGAGCGAGGGCCCUUGAUUGGCUGCUCAGCUGUUGUGAGACGGACGGCGAAAGCUUCGCCCAAUAUUGGCAAAGCUUGUUGCCUCGUGGCGUUGCGUUUGCAUCCCUGCCUGACUUGGUGGUUGGAUUUUGACAGGAUUCUCGAAUGAGAUUUCCCAACUUGGGCGUUACCGCAGAAGGGCUGCGGGCUGUGGCAUUGGCGAUGCCCCAUUUUAUGUUUGAGCAUGCAUUUGUGGUGUUUUGUUUUGGUAUGGAGAAAGUGGGGUUCACUCUAUGUGAGUCCUGUAAACAAAGUUUCGAUUGCUGAAGAUAAUGUGAUCUGCGGGCAAUUCGCUAGAUAGGCGACCGGUACAAACUAUGAAAAGUGAUUGGGCGGUGUAGAGGGUUGCUUCUUUCAAAAAGACCUAAAAUAACUUCGCACAGGCUCGCUUGAUCUGAGUGUCUUUUACGACGUGGCUGAUUCUCUCGGGUACGUGGGAAAUUCGUUGACGUGAGUAUGUACGAGCACAACUGUUUGAGUGGCUGAAUUUGAGGGCCAGGAGUUGUGAAUCCAUAACUGACAGGGGUAUCAGGGGCCAAAAGGUUAUUCAAGUGAAUCUCGUAUCAAUCUCACCAACCACCAGUCACCCUCGACCAGUGGACCAUUCCGUCAGCCGCAAUUACCUCCAUACCCUCGCCCAGCGUCCCUUAAAGUAUAGAGCUCCCAAGACACAUCUUCAUUUUUUUCUAUUCUAUGUCCCUACAAGUUCGUCAAAUCCUCUGCCAAAAUGUCGCAUUCGAGGCAUUCCAAACCCUUUCUCCCAUCAGAUAAACCACAAGGGAGUAAAAGUGCACGGUGAGUUGGUAUCUUCAUCGAACAUCGCAGAAGAGAUGGCUAACAUUUCACAGGAAGCUUUACAACGCAAGAAAGGAAGAGUCUUUGCGAUGGGUUGUCAACCCACUAGAAGGCCUUCAGGGCAAGAAGUUCAAGUCAUUCCACGUUCGACAUGAAGCCAGUAUGAUUGAGCUGUUCUUCGACCUUUUCUUCGUUGCCAAUCUUGCGACCUUUACCUCCUAUCAUGAGAUCACGACGAGUGCCUCGUUGCUAUCCUAUGUUGGCUUGUAAGUCAGAGUUUGGUGGUUUGUGGGAGAUCUGAGGCUCGGCUACGUUGGGCGUUUCAUUCACUGGUACUUUAUUGUAACAGAAAAAACGGAUGAGCGACAAAUUGCUUGCCUCAAAGAUACAUAGACUAAUUCUUGGUAGUUUCGUGAUAUUAUGGUCAACCUGGUUCCAGAUCACCAUCUUCGACGUUCGAUUUGCGGCUGAUUCGCUGUUUGAACGACUUUGCAAGCUAUUUCAAUUCAUUUUCUUCGUUCUGCUUGCAGUGGUCGGGUUUAGUUUUGCUCCCGGGAGUUAUGAGUCGGUCAAGGGUUAUCGUGUUUACAAAACCCUGGCCAUUGUAAUGGGAAUCUCAAGAUUCUUUCUCGCAUUGCAAUAUGCCAUCGUGGCUGUAUUUGUUGUCCGGAAACACAAAAAUCUCUUGGUGCCAUUUGUACUGAUCAUUGCGACCCUUGUCGCCUCUGGGGGUGCUCUUUUGUCGGUUCGUACUCGCAUCUCCCAUUUCAAAAAUGUGCCCAGACUAACUCUACCUAGACGUUCUCGCAUUUCAACGACAAGGUAGUUUCCAGAGCCCAUCAAAUUUGGUGGAUCGUUCUACCCAUUGAGUCAAUUCUGGUUCUCGUGGUCUCGUCGAUAUGGAGGAUGUUGAGUUUCAAGGAGUCGCAUAUGGCGGAAAGAUUGUCUCUCUUGACUAUGAUUAUCAUUGGCGAAGGUGUCAUUGGGAGUACUAAGACAGCUGGUCUCAUAUGGCCAACCACUUCGAAGCCGAGUGUUGGUGGUGUGAUUGAGAUGGUUUCUAUCAUCGUCAUGCUGGUGAGUCAAUCUCUCCAAUGUUCCCUUUCAAGGUCUAUCGCUGACUGGCUACUCACAGCUAUUAAUUUGGACUUUGUACUUUGAUAAUCAUCCUCAGUAAGUUUGCACCUACUGCUCCCUUGUAUCGUAUCUUCUGAUCUCCAAUAUGGUUCUCGGGAUUUGAAAUAGAUUGUACUAACCUUGAUUUGUAGCGGAGCUCAUAUGGGUAGCAUCAAACAACAAUGGUGGGCCUGGUCCCACUUCUUCCUGCACUUAGGACUUGUCGGUGUCGUGGAGGGUUCCAACCGAAUGGCAAUCUUCUUCAAUGCACUUCGAAAACAAAAGAGCUUCCUCGAUGAAGUCGCAGCUCUCUGCUUGACAAACACUACUGUGACGAAGGCAACCGAUUUUGUCAAAAAGAUCAACGAAACAACUCAGAAGUUAAGGAUUGAGACAUAUGACCCUCGGAACUAUGAUAUCAUACAAUUCUAUCUGAACGAGACACUCACCACUACACCAGCUGGUACCCCUGAUGAUCCAGGAUUUUGCGAGAUUCAAAACGAGAAUUCAUACGUGUACAACAUAUCCGUUUAUUUGAUUAAAGGUAUCUACAAGCGUUUCAAUAUCGACCCACCUGAGGGGAAAAAAUACGCUGAGGGCGAUUACGGCCACACCAUGCAGACAACCUACGCCUACCUUUGGGGAUCUGUUACCGUCUCUUUACUCAUGUUGUUGGUAUUCCUCUUCAUCAUCCGAACCAAGAAGCGCGAUUUCCUGGAAUACGUUCGUCUCGGUUUCCGACUUGCGGUUGUCUUUCUCUCCGUUGGAAUCGGAUGCUUGAUCUUCCAAACCAAGGCCUUCACCACCCUUAUCACCUCGCCAUUUAUCGUAACCAUCAUCUGUGCAUUCCUUUUCGCAAUCGUCGCCUUCGAUCGUCUCAUUCGAAUUCUUGGUGUCCAUCACUUUGAACAGAGAUAUGCCAUUCCACCCCCGGAGAAGAAACACGGGCACGGGGAUAGUCAUGAUGGUAUCGGAAAUGAAAAUCACGGGGAGAGUUACAAGAUGCAUCCUCAAGCUACAGUGCAGCAGUAUCAACCAACCCCAUCGCCUCAGGGCUAUGGUGCUCCUCAACAGCAGGGUUACUUUCCAAAUCAACCUGGGUAUGCACAGCACACCGGUUACGCUAGGUAA